AUGGGAUGGAGUGGUUUCAAUGGUGGAUAUCCUUUUGCAGCUAAUGUAGUUUCCUCCAGAGCAGUUCUUAAUACACACAUAUGUGCUGCAACCAGCCUCCUUAUAUGGACAUGGUGGGAUAUCUUCUUCCUCAAGAAACCCUCUGCUAUUGGAGCUAUUCAGGGAAUAAUGACAGGGUUGGUCUGUAUAACCCCUGCUGCAGCUUCAGGGACAAUUCCUUGGUGCAGCAUGAUGUGUCUUAGCAAGAAGCUGCCAUUUCUGCAAAAGGUUGAUGACAGUCUUGGCGUUUUCCAUUCUCAUGGUAUUGCAGGAAUCUUGGGUGGGGCUCUGACUGGACUCUUUGCUCAUCCACAACUCUGUAACUUGUUCCUUCCAAUCCCUGAUUCAAACGGAGCAUUCUAUGGAGGCUCUAGGGGUGCACAAUUUGUGAAGCAAUUGGUAGGAGUAGGUUUCAUUGUAGGAUGGAAUGUUGUAAUUACAUCCAUUAUCUUGCUUGUGAUUAGAGCUUUUAUUCCGCUGCGAAUGACCGAGGAGGGGCUCAAAAUUGGAGAUCAUGCGGCUCAUGGUGAAUCAGCCUAUGAUCUUACGGUACAAGCAUGGUUGAAUUCGAUAUAA